CGCCAAUUCUGUUGUUUGCCAACCGCCAAUACAAAACGGGAAGAAGAAGAAGAAGGUAAAACGGCAUUUCCCAGAAACGCGCCGGGCACACUGUUCAUCCUGUGCUGCAUCUUUGGACCUCAUGAGGUCAACAAUGCCCCAAAUCUCAGUUGGUGGAUAGCUUGCUGUCAAACAAUGUCACACGUGAAGUGGAGCAAAGGUCAACAUGUGAGCGGCGGCAUGUUCGCAGUAUACCUACCAUUUCAUCAUCCUGAAAAAUGGUUUGUUCCGCGUAGCUCAGCCAUUUCUGACCCUCAGAGGACCAAUCAGUGUCAGAAAACGUUUUAGGUUUCCUUCUUUCAUUGCAGUUAGAGCAGCUUUUUCCCCUUCAUGCUGAUCUGACACAGCAGAAAGGUUGCACUCUGCGUCCCGUGGGGGGUCCGACAUCCAGGUGCCACGAUGGCAGUGGACGACACAACGGCGAGCGAGGGCAGAUCAGACGGAGAGAAAGACAUGGAUCUGAAAACACCCGCACCCGAAGACGCUGAGGGACACGGAGAUGUGGAGACAGCUGUGGCCCCGAAUCCUUCCGAGGAACCCACAGAGGAUUCCAGGGAUGGCAUAAAGCUGAAGUGCUCCGUCAUAUUUUUGUGUUUCUACGGGUUCAUGUCUUCGAUAAGGCCUGGGGAGGCGUUCAUUACGCCGAAUUUGUUGAGCUCAGAGAAGAACUUCACCAGACAGCAGGUGACCAAUGAGAUCACUCCGGUGCUGACGUACUCCUACAUGGUGAUGCUGAUGCCAGCCUUCCUGCUGACAGAUCUUCUGCGCUACAAGCCCGUCCUGAUCAUCCAGGCCAUAAGUCAGGUGGUCAUCUGGCUUCUCAUGCUCCUGGGCACCACGCUGCUUCACAUGCAGUUAAUGGAGUUCUUCUAUGGCAUCACCAUGGCCUGCCGCGUGGCCUACUCCUCCUACAUCUUCUCCCUGGUCAACCCGGUCCUCUAUCAGCGUGUGGCGGGCUACUCCCGCUCCUCAGUCCUGCUGGGGGUCUUCACCAGCUCUGUGCUGGGCCAGCUCUGCAUAUCUUUGGGCAACGUCACCUACUACACCCUGGACGCCAUCUGUCUGGGUUUUGUGGGCUUCGGAUUGGCGCUUUCGUUCUGCCUGCCCUGGCCGAAGCGCUCGCUGUAUUUCAAUCGGAUGAAGAAUCAGGAGCAAAAGGAGCUGACGGGGAAAGCAGCUCAGUCAGAACUGGAAAAAAUUAACCCCAAACAGGGAGGUUUGUCCUCAACAUCAUGCUGGAGAGAUUCUGUUUUUGUGCAUAUGCUGCUGGAGGUCAGGAACGUGGUGAAGAGGCCCAAUCUGAGGCUCUGGUCCCUGUGGUGGAUCUUCAACUCCACCGGAUAUUACCUGGUGCUGUUCUACGUCCACAUCCUGUGGAACCAAGUGAAUUCCUCCGCCUCCUACAACGGGGCAGUGGAGGCAGCUGCGACGUUACUGAGUGCGGCUACCUCCUUUAUGGCGGGCUUCACUAAAAUCCGGUGGAACGUCUGGUCCGAGCUCGUCAUCGGCCUUAUCACGGCGGUGCAGGCGGGCCUGCUGCUGUUCAUGGGUACCACCAAUUACAUUUGGGUCUGUUAUGUUUCCUACAUCCUCUUCAGAGCCUUCUAUCAGUUCCUGGUGCCUAUCGCCACUUUCCAGAUCGCCUCGUCGCUCACCAAGGAGCUGUGUGCUCUGGUGUUCGGCAUCAACACCUUCUUAGGGACGAUACUGAAGAGCAUCAUCAACCUGAUAUUUUCAGACAAGAGAGGCCUGGGAUUAGACGUGCAUUCUCAGUUCUACAUAUACUUCAUUUACUUCAGCCUGCUCACCGUGGUGUACUUAAUCAGCUCCGCCGUCGUCCUCAUCCGUCACUUCAGGAACCAGAACCGGGAGCGGGGAGACUCAGCCGGCGGCCCGCCCACAGAGCUCAGCCCUGUGCCGGUAACCUCCGAAGCAGAACCUCUGUCUAACGGUAAAAGUGGCAGAACUUAAAAGGCAACAAACAGGUUCAAGAAGUUGCCGAACUCCGAGCAGAACCAAUCAGUUUAAUCUUGUCAAGAUGACGGAGAUGUUCGGUGCUUUCUCUGAAACUUAAUCAUGGAAGUGCCUCUUCUCCUGCUGUGUGAAGCCUUUUGCACCACGUCAGAUGUUCGGGUUUUGUGGUGAACUCAGAGCACAUCAGGUUUGAAACAUAUUAAGACUUAUUCCCAACACAGCACUCCGAUUGUACUUGUUACAAUUAUAAUCUUUAGAGAAGAUCUGAUUCCAAUAAUGUCACUUUUUUUAUUAUUAACAGAGAAUCAUAUAUUGUGAUGAAACCAGAUCCUGAAUGCUAAAAACGGGACUAAAAACCGCCGGGUUUUGUGCAGUGUUUAAUUUUUGUCUUGUAUUAAUUUUUAUUUGACACAUUGGAAUUAGUGUCAGAUUGUUUUUGUAGGAGAAACAAGCUCUAUGCUUGCCUAGAUUUAGCCACAAAGUAUCGUUUUUAACACCUCAGUUAAAGAUCCAGGGAGGAAAAAGGCUGCUUUUAUUUUGAAAUUCAUAGGACUGCAGUGUUACCUAAUCCUACAGCAAAGGGUUAAAGUUAUGAGUGAACUUUUUAUUCAUUCAUUUCACCAUGUUAACUGUUUUUUAGGAUUUUACUGAUAUUCAGGAUGUGCACGUUGUUUUUAUAUUCCGAUUGAAAUAAUUACUGAAAAAUGCUGUAUUACAGGAAAUCAAUGUUUUUAUUUUUCAUUCACAAUUAAAAUAUAAGUAGUGCAUAAACUGA